AUGGAGGCGCAGGCGGCGAACCUGUUGAGUGUGUUGAAGAGGCCAGCGGCGCCAUCAGAAGCCAAGCUUGACGCCCUGAAUCAGCUCAAGUCUUCCGUCAAGCACAGUCGCUGCCCUGAAGCGGCGAUUCCUUCUAUUGUUGAAGGCCUGAAGCUGGCCAUAUCGCAGCAGACAUCUUCCUCGCUCGCCCUCUCCGCCUGCUCAGCGCUUGCACACUUGGUUAAGCGGCUCAAGAUUCAGGAUGCAUCGGGCCAGACGAUCGAGCAGGUUGCGGCCAGGCUACUACCAGCGCUGCAGGAACGACUAGGUGAUCUGAAGGAACCCGUUCGGAAUGCGGCAUCGCAAGCGUUGACGGAAUUGUAUCCGUAUCUUGCACAGGAUGUGGAGCACGUUGUUCGAGAGGAGGCGAUUGGCGGGUCGAAUGUGCGGGCUAAAGAGGCAGGCAUGCAAUGGGUGGUGAGAAUGCACAGGGACGAGUCUAUGCCGUUCAAGAGCUAUGUUUCAGCCAUGGUGGCGAGACUAGAGGACUCGGACGGUAGCGUGCGCGAAGCGGCGAAGACGGCUUUAAUCGAGCUGUUCAGUGAUGCCCCUGAAAGAGCCAAAGCGGACCUCAAGCGGCAACUGAAAGCGCACGGUGUCAGACAUUCUAUCGAGACGCAAAUAUUGUCGCACAUUGGCGCGACAUCUACCUCACGACCGCAGACCGCGCAUGCACAUGAAACUGAAAUGGAUCUCGGUGCUUCUACACGCUCUCUGCCUGCACUCGACCCUGUUGCACAUUUGGCGGAAAGCAUCAACAGUGAAGCUGCCCAACCACCAUCACAGGAGACCGUGCCCAUGGAUCCGCUGUAUGUGCACUCGCAGCGUGAAUUGGAAGAGAUCUUCCGAGACAUGCUACCGCAUUUCGAGGGCAAGGAGGACGAGCACAACUGGACUUUGAGAGAUAGAUCAACACUCAAGCUACGGCGACUUCUUAAAGGCAAUGCGCCGAAUGAGUACCACCACGCUUUUAUGGCGGGCCUUAAAAGUGUCCUGGACGGUGUACUAAAAGUAGCCAACACUCUCCGGACGACAAUGUCAACAAAUGGCUCGCAACUGGUGCAAGAACUGGCGCGCACGCUUGGUCCGGCGCUGGACGCUCAUGUCGAGAUUCUGCUUCAGAACUUCAUUAAGAUGAGCGCACAGACAAAGCCGAUUGCUGCGCAGAACGGACGGACUACAAGUGAAGCGAUCUUUCAGAAUUGCUCCCACAAUGUUCGCAUGAUGCAGCACAUCUGGGCUGCAGCUCAGGAGAAGAACGCAUCGGCGCGGCAAUGCGUGCCUGAUUGGCUCAAAAUUGUGCUCAGAAGGCAAGCGGGCUACAAGUCGCACUUCGAAAGCUCAGGCGGGUUGGAUUUGGCGGAAAAGACGAUUCGAAAGGGACUGGAUGAUGCCAAACCGACCGUCAAGGAAGGUAUGCGCGGCGUGUAUUGGACCUUUGCACAGACUUGGCCGGAGCGGGCGGAGAAGAUCAUGGCGUCUUUGGAUGAGAAAUCAAGAACUGCGUUACAGAAGGAUUCGAAUAAUCCGCAUGCGUUAUUGCAUGCAUCACAGAGCAGUGCGGCUGCUGCCCCUACAAGAUCCGGUGGUAACAGCAGAAUGGCUUUGCGGGAAAUGCUGGCUGAGCAGAGAAAGGCCAAAGCUGCUGGGAAAGUGCCGGACCGGCCGAACUCGGCUAUGGCUACGAUCUCUCCAGCAAAGCCAAGGACUCAGACGACAACGGAUAGUGCCAACAGAGCGCAAUCAAGGCUAAGAAAGGAGAACAGAGUCGUGUCUGCAGCAUCAACCGUCUCUGAGACACAUACCAAGGUAGAAAGUCCAGCAUCGCGGAAACCGAGCUCGUUGAUGUCCGGUCCUGUAAGGCGUCCUCGUAGACCCGAGUUAGCACGCCCGCAGACCGCAGACCCGUACGCUGCAAGACGCAUGCUCCGGCCCGAAACGCCGGCAAGUGCCAGUCCCACGAACAGUCCGCCGAAGGGAGCUUCAGGAUCGAAGACUUCCAUACCCUCGUCGAGUGCGGCUAGAAGCCGUGCGAAAACUGCUGGGACUGUGGCGAGUCCGAACGGUAGUCCGAGCAAGCGAAUCGACAGCGGCAUUCCUGCCGUGAGCGAAGAUGAUGGAUUUACCAUGGUAAUGCCUCACCUGCAGAGCAGCCAACAGCGAGCGCGGUCCCCGCUGGCCUUUCGAAGUCCGCUGAAAGCUAUGUUCGAAGAAGCCAGAGGUAAGCUCGAACGGUCCGUUUCACCACCGAGGGAGCGUUUAAUGGGUAUCGACGAGGCCGUGGAGGCUGCUCAGCAGCAAUCCAGCUCGAGGAAGCCGGCACCGUCGCCUCAGCCAGACCAGAUUCAGAUCUACGAGGAUCCGUUCACAGGCGAUGCAUCGGAUACAGCUGUGGAUGGGGAGAGAAAGGUGCUAGGUGAGCUUCAAGUCAACGAGAAUGUGCGUGUGCAGAGUCCGACGCAGAGCCAGGGGUCGAGCGCUAGCCCGGCUGGUAGUCCGACUCAUGCUGCACAGCCCACGCAGAUGCCGCAGGAUCGCGCGGAAGUGCUGAGAAGUCGGAGACUACUGGCGUCGGGCAUUGAGCGGAUCAGGACGAAAACUUUGGAUGCGCAUGGCUUCCGCCGCGUUCAAGAUCUGGCGAAGAGUAACCUUGACAUUUGGGACGGUGGCAAGAAGUACGACGAGUUGAUGGCUGCGCUUCUGGAGUUCCUACAGACUCUCGACGAGGACCCGCGACUUUCGCAGCCGCAGCAUAAGGCACUCGGCCUGAAGGCGCAGGCUCUUGGAGCUGUCAGAGCGCUAUUGUUGGUCCACCGCAAGGAAGCCGCGACCUGGUACGCGAAGGCACUCAUCACGCUCUUCGCAUACAGACACAGUGUCGAGACGAACAGUCACAUUGCCGCCGACCUCGACAGAACGGCCGAGGACAUUGUCAAGCAAGCCGAGCCCGAGGCUUGCAUUGACGCGACCAUGGCCUUCGUCUCAUCAGGCUCACCUCAUGCUCGCUCCGUGGCGAUGGCGCUCGCUACGCUCCGCCGUCUGCUCGAGUCGGCAAAGGCGCGCUCCAUGGAUCUUGGAGCCGAACGCAAGGUCCGCCUCACGGCUGCGGCGGCGAAGUACCUUGAUAAUGCGGACGCGGAUGUCAGGAAGGCGGAUAUUGAAUUGGCUAGUGAUCUGUUCGAGCUGUUUGGGAGCUCCAAAACGGAGUUUUGGCAGGAAUUCAAGGGGACGGAGGAAGGCAGGUUGGGGCUGUUGACGUAUUACAUUGCACGGAAA